AUGCAUGAUGAUCCUUAUCUCGAAACUGUUGAAUCUAAAAGAUACAGAGAUAUCAACGAUAUUAUGUUCUCGAAUAUUAAGGAUCAAGAAGCAAUUGAAGAUCGUAUUAUAAAAAAUGAGCACAUGAUCGACGUAGUAGUAAGUUGUUUAGAAAGCCACCAUGGUGGAAAACUUACAGUCGAUCAGCUCCGAAUAUAUGCAAGGAGUGUUUCCAAGAUAAUCAAUAAAAAAAUCGAUAGACUAGCUAAUAGAAAUAGAAUGGCUUUACUUUGUUGGUACUCUGAAAAUUGGAAUGAAAUUUACCCUCAUCUUAAUGAAUUCAUUCCUUCAAAUCCAGAAAAUCAAAAUUCUUCGGAUCAUGAACAAAAUUUCGAAACAGAUAGAGAAGUAGAUCCAUCUGAUCUACAUCAAUUGCUGAAUUACCAUUAG